AUUACCAUUGUAUAUCGUUCUAAGAAAUACACACACACACACACCCAUAAUCAAUGAUAUAUCAUAAAGAGAAACACUUUUGAGUAGUAGUUUAAAACCACGAGGUAACUCGUGACCGAGCUAACGUUGGAUUAGACGGAUUAAAUACACGUGGCCCUUACUAUCAAAAUAAAUCAUACAAUAAAUGUUUACAGCAGUGAAAAUAUUGUUUAAUGAUAAAUCAUUGAUAGCUGGAAAAUAUAAUUUCAAGAACUUAACCAAGAAUCUUUGAGAGACAUGCGAUCAGUUCUAUCAAAUUUGUCAACUUUCAAAGAUAGCAAAUAUUUUUGUACAAUUAUUGUUAUAGAUUCGAGUCACAUGACGAGAAUAUUGUUUAAAAAUAAAAAUACUAAUAAAAGUUUGUAUUCAUUUUUGUAAUUAGAAUAAUUAUAUUUUAUUUGUGUGUAAGAAGAACAAUAAUAUGGAGAAACAGGAUGAUGUUUUGUUGCAAUUACGAGUGGAAAGACCACUUUAUGAACAAGAAGCUUUAAAUUUGGAUUAUCAUUAUGAACGACCAAGAACAUCUUUCACUCAAUAUGUGAAGGAAUUUGUUAAAUCUAAAAAUUUGAAAUCAUGCGUGAGCUCAGCAAUACCAGCUGUAAAAUGGCUCAAACGUUACAGAUGGACAGAAGAUUUGGUUUAUGAUAUUAUUGCAGGAUUAACUGUAGCUAUUAUGCAUAUUCCUCAAGGAAUGGCCUAUGCACUUUUGGGAAAUGUACCACCUGUUGUUGGAAUAUAUAUGGCGUUUUUUCCAGUUUUAAUAUAUUUCUUUUUUGGUACUUCCAAGCAUGUAUCAAUGGGAACAUUUGCUGUUGUCUGUCUUAUGACUGGUAAAGCUGUAACAUCAUACUCAUUACCAUUAAACGAUCAUAAUGGAAACUCAAGUCAUACAGCUUUUACACAAAUAGACAAAGAAUAUUAUUCAUUUACGCCAAUCCAAGUUGCAACAGCGGUUACAUUAUUAGUUGGAAUAUUUCAAAUCAUAAUGUAUAUAUUUCGAUUAGGAGUUAUAAGCACGUUACUUAGCGAAACAUUAGUCAAUAGCUUUACUACAGGUGCUGCGGUCCAUGUUUUCUUAUCACAGAUCAAAGAUCUGUUGGGAUUAAAACUUCCAAAACAGAAAGGAUACUUCAAACUUAUUCAAACUGUUAUUAAUAUAGCCAAAGAAAUAUCUAAUAUAAAUGUUGCUUCUGCGAUUGUAUCAACAAUUGCAAUUAUUAUCAUGGUCUUCAAUAAUGAAUUUAUUAAACCAUGGGCCGGAAAAAAAUGUGGUGUUCCCAUACCCAUAGAACUAAUUGCCGUUGUUACCGGUACUUUGGUAUCUAAAUAUGGCAACUUAACUGAAACAUAUAACAUCCAAAACGUGGGGGACAUUCCUACGGGAUUACCACCAGCUGAAUUACCAACGUUAGAAUUACUGCCUUUAGUCGCAGUAGAUAGUGUUGCGAUAACUAUGGUCUCUUAUACGAUUACCAUGUCUAUGGCUUUAAUAUUUGCUCAGAAGCUUAAUUACAAAGUUGACUCUAAUCAAGAAUUAUUUGCUAUGGGAAUUAGCAAUAUAGUUGGAUCGUUUUUUUCAUGUAUGCCAUUCUCAGCAUCCUUAAGCAGAUCUCUUAUUCAACAAACAGUAGGUGGUCGCUCUCAGAUUGCUAGUAUUGUUUCGUGUUGCAUAUUAUUGACCAUUCUUUUAUGGAUAGGUCCUUUCUUUGAACCACUUCCAAGAUGUGUUCUAGCUUCGAUUAUAGUAGUAGCUUUAAAAGGAAUGCUUCUACAAGCUACGCAAUUAAUUAAAUUUUGGAAAUUAAGUAAAACUGAUGCUGUCAUUUGGAUUGUGACAUUUCUUAUUGUGAUAUUAGUUAAUAUCGAUAUUGGAUUAUUAGCAGGACUAUUAGUUUCACUUGCAAGUGUAUUAUUACAAAGUAUUAGACCGUAUACGUGUUUAUUAGGUCACAUACCAAAUUCAGAUUUAUAUUUAGAUCUUAAUAGAUACAAAGCGGCUAAGGAAAUAGAAGGAAUUAAAAUAUUUCAUUACAGCGGAUGUUUAAAUUUCGUCAAUAGCGCUCAUUUCAAAUCUGAAGUCCAUAAACUGAUUGGUAUUAAUCCGCAGAAAGUUAUUAGACAAAGAAUGAAACUUAGACAAAAGGGGAUUCAUUUAGAUGAACAAGAUUUUGAACAUAAGGAUGGGUUACGUUGUAUUAUUAUGAACAUGAGUGCUAUAAGUUAUAUAGAUCCGACAGGUGUUAACGCGAUACACGCAAUAGCUUCAGAAUUUGCUGAAAUCCAAAUUAAUUUUUAUCUAGCCAAUUGUUCCAGUCCAAUAUUUGAGAUGAUCAAAAAAUGCGAAAUGUAUAUAUACAAAGAAUUGUCGUUUAAAAUUUUUGCAACUAUAGAAGAUGCUGUAUCUUAUGUUCGAUCCACUAUCUUAUCAAGAUGACCGUAUCUCGCAUUUUACUUAAUAAGGCAUAAACAAUAUUAAUAUAUAUUGUUUAUUAAUAAGUAAUUUUAUUCAAAUGAAAUGUGUAAUUUAAGUAAAAAUAUUAUUUUUGUAUUUUACUCUUUAACUACACUUUCAUAAUAUAAUGAGAUUUUUAAUCAUAUACACAUGUUAAUAGAAAACAAAUCAAUUUAAAUUUUUAGUACUAAGUAUAUCGUGUUGUACUUAGAUAUUUUUUAUCAUCUGGCAUGAGAAUGACAAAUGUACAUUCAUACU